GGGGGGUUGUAAUAAUUAUACUCUGACAUAUAUAAAAGGUCAUUGCAUGUAGUGUUGUUCAAGUUGGUUCAUUUUUCCUUGAUCUUUUCCUACGUUCAUACAUUUAUACACCGCUGAACAUCUCCAACAUGCCAUCCCUAAUAAACUACCUCUUCCCUCGUAACCCAUCAUUCACCUUUGAAGCACUCAGGGCAAUUGGCUAUGCCAGUUUUGGCGCUGCAGACGUCGCCGAAGUCCUAUCUAUAUGCUCUCGCAUACCAUCGGGCGAUGAAAGUGGCUGGCUCCAAGAAUGGCGAAAGGCAGCAGAUCGAGCUGUCACCAACGCGCAAAAUAGUUUAGCCAAAGGAAACACAUCUGGCGCUCGAGAUGCGUUCUUGCGUGCAUCCAACUACUACCGUACCGCCGAAUUUUACCGCCGCGAAAACCCAUUUGAUGACGAUGUAUCAAAGGAGCUAGCAGAACUCAGCUCGGCGAUGUUUUUCGCUGGCGCAGAACUUAUGCCAUGGACCCUUGAGAAGGUGAAUAUUCCGUAUCAAACCACGACACUUCCGGGUAUUUUCAUCCGACCCAAAGCCAAAUCUUCUAGGCCGGCAGCGACUGUGAUAGUCAAUGGGGGUUAUGAUUCAACUAAGGAGGAGGUUGGAUUAUCGUGCGCUGCGUCAAUGCUCGAGCUUGGAUUUAACGUACUUUGCUUUGAUGGGCCAGGGCAGGGAGACGCUCUCCGGCAACAGAAGUUAGUCUUUCGGUAUGAUUGGGAGAAAGUUGUCACCCCAGUCAUCGACUACGUUAUCACACAUCCGGAUGUAGAUCAAAGCAAAAUCGUUCUGUAUGGCAUGAGCAUGGGAGGUUAUCUGGUGGCGAGAGCAGCUGCCUUUGAGCACCGUGCAGCAGCCAUUGUCCUGAAUGAUGGCGUGUAUGACUUUGGCAGCGCAUUUCGCCGCGAAUCACCUGCCCUCGCAAAGCUUCUGAUUCGUUAUGGGUGGGACACCACUGUGAACAGGUUCUUGGAGCUCAAAAUGAGAUGGAAUACGGGGAUCAAGUGGGCUGUGCUGAAUGGCAAAUGGGUGUUUGGAGUUUCCUCUGGGGUUGACAUGAUGCGCAAAACGGACGAGUACACUCUCGAAGGCAUCGUGGAAAAUAUCAAGACACCAGUGCUUGUAUUAGAUGCGCCGGACGAUCAUUUCCUGGCAGGCCAACCGGAAGAACUGUACAAAAGACUGAAGUGUGAGAAAACAUUUGUUCAGCUGACAAGAGAAGAGGGAGCGAGUUUGCAUUGCCAUUGUGGCUCGUUUGCAAGGCUUAGCCAAGUAAUCUGUGAUUAUUUGAUGGAGCGUCUAUUUCAAUCUUAGACAAACGUCAUUUAUUAAACGAUUAACGUCUAUCUAGAAUCUACGUAUACC